AUGAACAAUCACUACUGCUCAGAGACUGCAAGAGGGGUCAUAGAGGCCUGCUUUGCGAGGGCCAGCCAGGACGACGACAAUAUACCUCCACUACUAGGCAAUGUUCAGACGGACGGGUACUGUGUAACGGAGUUCGACAAUCCAAAAUCAUUCAGGAUUACCAAAGUGGAAGACCAGGAGCAAGAGGCGUAUUUUCGGGUUGUCGGUGUAAUCUGUUCCAAAGUCCUUCCACCAGUCCUUCAUAAGCCGAGGCUACUGUCCCCUGCCCACCUUCGCAAUCUUCGUCAAUUCGUCAAAUUGACCGGGUUCGGCAGCGAUUCCUUCGCCAUGGGCUGUCACGCGGUGAAGCAAAUGGUCGACAAAUUGCGGCAGCAUCUCAAGGUUGCUAGCGAUUGUAUCACUGGAGCAGAAGAGAAGAUGUACGAGGGUGAUGCAGCUUUGGAUUUCCACGCGCGGUACUUUACCGACCGUGAACUUAUACCUCACGAGAAGCACAUUCCCUUCAACGACUUCGUAGACCCAAACCAUAUCCUUGAGGAUCUUCGUGGGGCGGCUUUCAUUCAAGGACCUGACAACCACGUCGAGUACUGCAUGCGAACGGUCGACAAGAACGGCAUAGUUGAAUAUUCAGUAUUCAACCCUGGCCAGUUCAAGGAAGGAGACAUAGUCGAGGUAACGCUUUCCCUGGUCUGCGUCCCCAUCAAAAAUCAGCAGUAUAGGCUCCUCCUUGUGAUGCGAGCGUUGACGUUGCUGUCGUCAGAAAACCGAGAGGAGUCGGAAAGGCUUAGGGCUUUGGAUGUUCCAUCCAGCGACGCGGCGGCGAACAGGGGAAGGAAUGUGAAACGCCGUAGCCUCUUCCUCGAUUGCGGGAGGUCCGAUGUGAAAGUAAGGAAGACCAUGGGGGACAUGGAGGCCAUGGACACAUAG